AUGUCGUACCGAAGCGAGAUCACUAUCCCAGUCACCAAGGAUCCGCGCACCUUUGAGCAGCGGAGAAAUGACAUGGUCACGAAGCUGGAGCAGAGCUACAAAACCACCUCCUCGGUUGGACCCGGGGAUUCUGACACAACUACCGUUAGCAGCAUAAAGACGGAGAGUAGCACUGUUGGAAACCGGGCCGUCGCAAACCCUUCCUGGGACGUUCAACGCAGCAAGUGGAUCGAGGAUGCCAGAAACCGAUUUGACAUGGACGUACAAAAUAUGCGAAAAAAUAUGUUUGCUUUAGAGGUAAAUAAUUCGGUUUUUUUCCCAAAUGCGCUUUAAACUGAAUACAAAACCUUGUUAUACCGAACGUGUACAUAAAUUUAUUUCUAGGGAUUUAAUUUUUCAUUUAACUCAUGACUGAACUUUCGAGAAAGGGAGACAUUAACGAAGAUACGACGAGAUUCAUCUAAAAUGUUAGUUGCAGACUGUUUGUUCAGUAUUUGCUGAGUUUUAACUGCUGCCACUCCACCGAAUUCCGUCGACUUUUGGAAGUUAAGUAGGCCUUUUUCAAUUUACGGUUUGCCUUUCCAACUAGCUCGCUCGCUGGAAAAUUUAAGAAAAUCAUUUUUUCUGCAAAUACGAAAGCUCGUACUUGCUAGACUUCUCGAGUGCUAUACACUGGUUUUAAAGACCGCUGAUUUGAACAAUCUGUUAACUUUUUGGAACGACAAAAAGGCGCUUGCGCAUUGCGACCGCCUGCUCGGCAGUCGUCAUCCGCUGGUUGAGUACUUUAACGAGCGACUGCUUACUAAGGCAUCUGUUAAAGUUCACUAACCAUUCUUUAUUUCUGCGUAUUACUCCAUUGAUAGCCGUUUAGCUUCGUUUCAUUGAAUUUUUAGUUACCCUUAAGGGCGGUCAAAAAGCCAAUGUCCGUUGCCACUGCCCGAAUAUAAAACCGUUACACUGAUGGUGCCUUGGGCAUGCAAAAACGCUCUGUGACAGUCUUUGAACUGUUUUUAUCUCUUUUUCACGAUUGAGUCUUCGACUCAAGGAAAUUUCAUUGUGGUGGAAAUUAUUUGAUAAACAAUCAAACUUCAACUUACGGUGUUUGCUAUGAGAUUUUCCGACCCGAAGUGUUUUUCACCCACAAAAUGCAGGGCGAUCCCCCUUCCUCUUACCACAACCGCUUAUUGGUGAGAAAGAAUGUUCGUUUAAACAUGAUGGUUUUUCUUACUUGAAUAUCUGUUGAGACACCCAACAGGAAACGGGGGAACUGGGUAUGAUACUCGUAACUCGUCUUGUGUAAAUUCAGUACAUAGUCAAUUAAUGGCAAAGUUUUAGUCCAGUGUAACAUUAGAUAGCGGAGUAAGAGGGGAAGUUGAGGGCUAGGUGUACUCAGGGACGCGAGUUUAACUAGUGGUGACAUGUAGACUUAAAAGACUGAUUCCUGAUUCUUUUACUGGUCUGAGUCAGUCAUGCCCUAUUUGGGUUUAAAAGGUCAGGCGUUCGAGCCUUAAACAGUACUUUCUAAUGUCGAACGCUCUGUAGCAUUCCACGGGUUGCAUUCAAACGCCUUAUUUGCUGCAACAGCCUUCUGGGACGCUGGCGUCAGGCUCUAAAAAUAGUCGAGUACCAUAAUCUCGCAGUUUGGCCAUACUUAAGGAAGUUCCUCCCAUGUUGCAAUGGAAAUUCCUUUCCAGCCACGUCCAACGAUGUUCAUAGAUGAAAUUUUCUACGUUUGCAUCAAUAAACUCAAGAAACGACCUCUUGUUGAUAUCAACAUCUAAAAAGAAUUCUUGGUAAAUAUCCAGCUCAAACCGGUCCUCUGAAAUGGUAUUCACAGAACCAGAUGCACGCCCCUUGUUCACGCCUUUAUUCAUUAUAGACAACUUUGCUCAUACUGACUUUUGACUUAUAGUAAGAUCGUUGGGGAGAACACGCUCUUGUCGGCUGGGCCUUGUUAUCUGCGCAAGGACUGCUCCGGUAUCGAUUAGGCAUUUCCGCCUCGAGAAAAUGACAUAUCUAGUGUCUUUCGCCCCCCCUCCUCCCCCUCCAGAGGCAUGCAUCAAUGCGCAUUCAUAUUUCCUCCCGUUAUUCGUUCAGGAUUAUACAGAAAGGGCCAAGUUCGCGCACAGACCUUGUCGGAAUUUUGAACACAGCAUUACUUCCCAUGGAUGAGAAUCUACUGAAGCAGAGAAUCCAAACGUUUUGGCGUUUGGAAAGGAAAAUCUCGAAACCACACCACUUAGCUCAGAUCUGAAGCCCGUAUAGACGGUCACCUUGGUUCCUGUCAUUAGUUCUUUCCGUGCCUAAAUAGUGCAGAGGUGUUUUGAAGUUGCGCGCAAAUUAGAUUCUGCGCGCCUGUCAGGACUAGAAACAUCUUCCUUUAUUGACCGUCAGCAGCUUCAGGAGAGCGUGCGUGAGGCGGGCUACAUUUCACUGACGGCGGGUGGAAAUGCUUCGUCAUGGCAGUUGAUGUUGUAGCUUCACAUACAUGUCUCGUAUUUUCAGUGAAAUAUGGUUGGACGUAUAUGAGCUUAGAAAAUUAAUGCAAAGAAGGCAUUUUAUCUGAGCAACCAUCUUCUGUCUGAUGAAGAUUUUGGAGGCGACCGUAAAGAGUCCCAUUCGAAAGUCGGCAUCUUGUGGUGACUAAAAUAUCAUGUGAUUAUGCUACACAAUAUUCUCUUAAUCCUUUCUAAUCGAAAGCACAUUUUGGAGGUUUGGUUGGCAUUUCAUGAGGCAGGUUUACUACAUACAUGUUUAUACUGCCAGUCGCAAUGCGACUACUUCUGGGGCUCUAAAUCAGGCUCCCUUCUCCAUUUAGGGAAUUAUUUUUAUAGGGUUUCAAGAUUAGUCCUAUAUGCAAACACGUCUUCUUCGUCUAUUUUGGGGAGUGUACCAAGACUAGCGUCUUUAUUCCUUGGGAAUCCUGUAGCGCGGAACAAAGGCCGUUCGGAUGACGGUAGGGAGUGCUUCAAUGACAGUCCGGCAGAACAAGGGAAAGAGAAACCGCCCGUAAUACAGGUGGUUUUGUGCUAAAUCCCAGGGUUAAGGUGAAUUUGUGGUUUGGAUCAGGGUAAGUGUUUGGGUUAGGGUUAGUGCUACGCUACACGGGAACAGUUACCCCACCUGGAAUUUUGCAGAGGGCCAUCCGCAUUACAUCGGGGGUGUUCCUAUUCGCAUGUUCUGUUUGGGGUGGCAUAUAAACAAUUCCGACCCUGAAGACUGGCCAUCAUAACUUUGGCGCUUGUCACCCCAUACAGACGGGCGAUUCUUGUUUAUCGCAGCCAGAAAUGACACUCUUGCAGCCCCUUGUUGCAAAAACAGACGCUCGCUUAUCGGCGUGCCAGAAUUGUUGGUGUAUACUGACUAAAGAGAGCGAUGCUUCCGGCCUUGUUGAACCUUUGCUUUUGCGAAGGUCCGUUCAGAAAAUGAAAACACCUCGGAAGUGCAUACCCCCAUACAGUGACAGACACUGAUAAAUUAUUUCCUUCCUACACUACGAUCGAACCUGUGGGAGGGUGGAUUAGUUGCGAUUGUGGAAGUUUGGCGCACGCUGAUGCACAUACACCAUCAACACUGACAUUUAGGCAGUCGAAUGGGUGCAUUAUUGCCGGAUGUCGGCAUGUAUACGACCUCGCCCCUGGCAUUUCUGCUUUAGCAUUGGGCUGCGUUAACAGAGACCGAGGCUGGAAACUGUUUACUUGUCCUUCCCGGGGAUCACCUGUCUCUGAACGACUUUUUUCGAAUUGGGAUGUCUAGUUGUGCUGUUGCGAAGUCAAACACGAUGGCUAACCUAUCUCAUGAAAUGUUAACCGAAUUUCUAAAAUGUGUUUCUAAUUAGGAAGGAUAACUUAAGUGGUUUUCUAAUACUGGUUACCGUACAGCGAGACUCCGAGAUAAUAUAUACACAUCAGGAUGCCGUCUGUCGAGGGAGAUUCUCUCCAGUCGUCUGAAAAAUUGACGCAAGAUAUAAGAAAACGACUUGGACAGUGGGAUUUUUUCCCACCGAUUUUUGGUCCCUUUACUUCACAUGCAUUUUACGCCGAACCUACACACGGAUAUUCUUUUAUGCAAACUCGUCGGCAAAUUGCGUCCUCCUCAGAUCAUCUGCUUAAAAAUUGUAUCUAUAUGUCUCAAAGAAAACUUCUGAUUGUCAAAUAAUUUUGCACCCAGUCUGCAUUUGCGCUGACACCUAGGGUUUCCAAGCUACGUGCUGUACACUUUCAGUGUGAGGGAGACCACACAUUAUGCUAAAGAAAAUACGUAGCAUAAGGUAAACAUAAUUUUGCAAUUAAUGCUAACCAUGUUGUUUUCCUCAUACAGCGGAGUUAGCGAACGGACAGAUACGAUGCUCUGUGAGACGACAUUUCGCAGUGUUGAAAAAUCUCAUGACUGCAAGCUUGUAUAAACGGAAAGAUACUGCCCCUGAAGCACAACUUUUGAAGAAGACGUAAUUUGGUGCCGAACGAAUAUAAGGAAAAUUUUUUGUAAUAAGGCGCCGGGAAGAUGUGGUUAUCCAGUCCCAGCUGAUGGACACAGUACUGUUGGGGUUGUGGUUAGGCGUUAUGGUUAGGUGCUCGGGUUAGUUUUAGGGGUUAGGGUUGGGGGUCGAAGUAAAGGGUUAGGGUUAGAGGUUAGGGCAACUACCUCUCGACCCGUCAAAGUACAACCGCGCAUUCUCAACAGCUUUCCUUUUGCAUACAACUACUUGACCUCGUCGCCUGUACGUUCCUCGGCCUCGCCUGUAAGACUCUUAUUACUACCGGUCCCGUGGUUGAGGUGGCUGGGGUUUGUUUACUUCGGGUGGGGCUACAUAGCCACAUCUGACCAAAGUGGUCUGUAAAAUAAACUCGAAAUGAUUAGGUCAGAGAAAAUCAGUGGGGAAUGAUCAUGCUGCUUAAUCGCCCAUUUCUGUCGAUGGUGGGUUUUUUAGGAGAAGGGAAAGAAGUUCAUUCAGAGGCCACUAUCCUGACAUGACCGAAAUAUCAUGGGAUUAUUCUGCGUAAUCAGUAGUACAACAACCCUGCUUAAGUAAUCCCUCCUUACCGAAAACACACCUCAGAACUUUCGUUAUUUCAUGUGACAGGCCAGCUACUGCACAUUUAAUCCGUUCGCAGCAAUGAACCUUAUGCUUCCAUUUUGCCUUCUUUUGCAAAGAUAAUUAGUGUGGGAUUUCGUCUACCGAAUUCUAACCAGACUUACUUGGAAGCUACACCGCUGAAGUCGACAGGAAGUAAAAAUAGUCACAGUUGGAGUUCCUUUUUUAAGAAAAACAUCAUGUUUAAAUGCAGCUGAAUAAACAAGGGAAUGCAAAAGCUCUGCUGCAACUGACCAGACGACUUGAACUCCUAAGCAUAUGGAUUGCAUGCGGCACUGUCGGCACUGCGCUUAAAAAAUACCUCUGGUCACACACGUUGCUUUCUGACAGAACAAAGCAACCGCACGUGGUUUUCUUCAUGCCUCUGCCACUUUUAAAAGUGCAGUGAUUCAGAAAGAAGGCCGCAGUCGUUGCGUACGAUCUACAGAAUGUAGAGACUGAAAUCAUUUUAGCCAAAAAUUUAUCGCCGAGCGAUCAGCGAACUAGACGUUUCGAGCUCUUAGUCCGCAUCAAAAGCAGUGUAUCGCUGGCACGAUAUGUCCGUAAAUAAACUUUCACAUUAUGGGCACUUAGUCAUUAAACAGAACGUCUUUUAAACCGGCUGACUUUUCGUGAAAAUUCAAAGCUCGAAGCCUUGGAGAGAUCCAGUCCAUAUCAGCACAGUUUAUAGGACCCGUUCGUAUUCCAUAUGAAAUUUCCCGUUCUCCUGUUACUCUAAAAAACACAUUCGACCACGAAAGGGUGGCUGUCUGCCAAAUCGCGAUAAUCUCUCGGGAAAGUACGCAUCUGAAGGAAACUGAGGAGACAGCGUUAGUACCCAGCUCCAAACUGUGUACUACGUCGUCUGAGGUUAUGAUGCCAAAGAUUUUCUAUCUGUUUAUUCUCGGGUAAGAAUAAAUUAUAUGAUCGCGGUAGGUUAACUAUCUAUACCUGCCUACUAUAUUUACCAAUAUAGGCGUUGUUCGGUAGACUUUCAGGUCGGAAUGCUGUCACGCACUUCGAUGGCUCUAUGCCCCCGAGGAUAACAUUCUUUGAACUAAACUGCCCCGAGCACGCAGUACAAACUCAUCGUUCUGCUUCCCCUUCAUAUAAUUCCUUAGUAAAAGACAAACACUUUGUUCGCGGUCGAGGGAAUCCAAGAGGCGUAUUCCUGUGCAUAUCGUAACCGUCCACAGCGCUGUCAUGUCCGAGUACUUAACGGAGGACAUUACGUCAUGACCUGCUCUUUUACAUCUGCGAGUACUGAUUGAUGGGUUUUUUAUUUUUCUUUGAAUGAAGAGAUUGACUUCCGUUUACUAUUUCACCACAGACGAAACCAGGGUAAUUUUUGACUUAUAUCUCGAUUUCCUUUCCAGGACUUCCUAGCUCCUCUUUGUGAGACCGCACCCUUAUAACCCCUAUUACCACCAUUCCCCCUAAGACACGCUGCACCGAAUACCAUUUUCUGACCCCGGUCAUAUACUUUAUCCUUGCCUAUUCCUGUUCUGGAGGCUAUGUAACUAUACUCCUCUCUUAAACCGCACCUAAAUGAUUCGACAAAUGAGUGUUUAGGCUUAAAAGACUUAGCAGUAGCACUCUUGACCUGAAUAGACAUUUUGAUUUUGUUUCGUUCCAAUGGAUGAUAACAAUGCACAUACUCAGAAAGAUGUGAACAUCAAAAAUUCUGUCGGCCUUGCUUAGGAAGAAGAGACUGUGCUUUAACUCCGGAGCAGUUACAUCAUCAGCUGUUAAGAGCUGCAUAUAUAUUGUUUCGCAGACGCUUCAUGCGAAUCAUUCCGUUUUCCAUUGAUCAAUUGUCUUCUCCGUUUCCGUCCACUCCUUGCGGUUUGUUGCUUUCUAUGCACUUAGAUGAUCGCAUACAACAAUCAUGUCUUAUCUACGUCGUUAAGGCACUUGUUCGCAAUGCAGAAUUACUUCCUCUGAUAUCUUCUACAUCGAAUCUCUCUAAUUAUUCAGCAAACGCAUACUUAAUACGGGGCUUUUGUUUGCAAUCUAAGGCGCACUGGUGAGGAGUGUGAACAUUUUAAGAGAUUUUAAAGUUCGAUGGUUCAAAGACAGCUCUGUAUCUCUGUGUUCGAUUUCGACGCUGAAGCGGUCUGUUGCUUGUACUGUGACAGACCCGUUAUCUGUUAAAUAAAAUUCUAGACAGCAUUAGGAUGCAACUCUAACCUGAAGACCACGCCAUCUUUGUUGACGUCAGCUAUAAUUUUUGCCUCCCCAUUUCUAUUGUUGAUGCUAUUUGACAGAUCUCCUCUCUCGAAAGAUAUGUAAACUUUUUAUCAUAAGAGAUCAUUUUAAGAGUGAAUUCCACUGUUUUACGCUGAUUAGAGGAUGAAAUAGGGAAAUUUCGUUCCCUUGCAAAGCAAACAUGGACUGCCGUAUUCCGCGUUACAAUAAGAACACAUUGGAAAACACAACUCCCAAAUGACUUGAGAUUGUCCCGGUGGCUGCCAGUAGGGGGUGGCCCCCUUGGCUCUACGUUCGACAGAUAGGCAGAACGUUCAAGUUCAAGUGAGAAGUGUUUAAUAACAAAGACGGGAACACUUGAAUUGCCAUUUCUGGUUUACACGCCGUCAUAAGCCAAUGAUACCCCGGAUUCCAGACUGCACGCCAGGGAUUGGAGACCCGACUCAGUUGCUUAUCGAGCAGCGCUCUUACCAGCCCAAGGUCAUUUUAGUACUAUAAAUCCCGUACCAGCACCGACAGGAACAAAGAGGCAUGUUUUGACUCAUUUUGCAUCAUAAAUGCAGGUGUGGGAAAUUUUACUGAAAAACGCAAGUGGAAAUGGCGAAACAGUUUAUUUAGGACUUGCCUGAAAGUCCACGAGUACCACUGAUGCGAUUUCCAUUCCCUCAUGGCUACGACUAAAUACACUUUUUUCUGCAAACGACGGGGAUAAAAUUCUACACCGAGAACGUUUUUUCCUUAUAAUUUGCACUGAGAGCUAAUCAUAUUGACUCUCUACUGGGAGGGUGGGCUUUUCUCCCAUUUGAUGCAUUUAAAGUGAGUAAGCUGUUUUGUCUCCUGCUGAAUCAGGCAUGAGACAUACUGGUUAAACUUCCUGACUAAAAGAUCGUCGUAUACGCUGCGCGGCUUGGCAUCUACUCUGCCCUACGCCUGGUCUCGCUACAUCGCUUUGACUUCCCGCUUGAAUGCUGACUCACUGCCUCGGUCCGCAUGAGAUUAACACUUUCACAUUUGACGUAGAGCAGUUAAUAUACGAUGUGAAGACAGCGACCUUGCGGUCUCUGUUCUGUGCAUGUAUCCCCACGCAGUGUUUUGUCUGUCAGCUUUUAUUUACCUUUUUGUAAUUCUUUCCCGUCCCACUAGCACGGAGUAAGGGUGAGUAACGCAAGGUAAACCGUAGAUUGAUAAAUAGUCUUUAACAUGCUUUACAAUUUCAUUUAAUCCCCGCGCACGUAACAACCUCAAAUUAGCUUUCUUCCAUUUUUCCCUUUGAUUUGCCAAUUUCCUAGACCGAUCAAUCAUGAGAAAUUCGCCUUGGUGCAAACAGGACUGGCGUUUGAUAAAAAUGGCCGCGGAAAGGAAUAAUUUCUUCCCGCAUCAUGUGUCAGUAUUAUUUAAUGACCUCGCAAGUAGUUGCUUAAUGAUAUGUAACAGAGGUAGACAGGAAACCGGUGAAAUCUGGAGAGAGCGGAGUAGCCAUUUUCGACUCGGAGACCUCAGGGUUUGCUUCUACGUCGCAGGUUAUCCAGGCAUGGGCUAGUGAGUGGCCAGCUGACAAUUGAUGUCAAGACAUAAAUGGCCAUUUCGACCUCCGUAGUCUUCGUCGGUAUCCGUCUAUUUGUAAUAUUUGUCACUGCCACUCGCGAGAGCUCAUAAUGGUGGUCCAAGGCAAACGGUAACAAGCAUUUUCUUAUCAAUACAGAACAACUUCCUACACAUAGACCAAUGCAACAGUUUGACCGACCAUUCCGACGAUGUCCACCGUGUACCCUAAGGCAGGAUGGACGCAGAGACGGCGACGUAGUUAGUGUAUAGUGAUACCACACUGUCGUAGCAUCUACCACACUCGUGCCCGGUGUCAAGAAAGAGUCAUGAAGACUGAAGAUGAGAAAGGACGCAGAUAGCUGGCGUGGCUGGAGUCGUCCCUAGGCGUGUCGCCACACCCGGCUCGAUUCCGACGGAUUUGGGGUGCCAUAUAGGCUACAAUACGAAGGAGCCAUUGCAGCCCGACUCUCGGUCCACCAAUUCACCACUCCACUCAAGCACAUACUCGGCUGACGUUGUGGUCCGAAUUAUCCCGUCAUUUGGUAGUCUUCCGAGCCGCAACUUUUAGCCCACUGAGAUGGCUUCAUGCGCCUCAGAUUGUCCAUAGUAAGAAGGUGCGCCGAAACUCCGACCUCGCUCUUACUCCCAACCCCCGGGCAGCGGUCUAUUCGACUCAGUCAGAUAUACAAUGUUGGAAGUGGUCUCAGCGGCUGGGAGAGCCAGAGGACCCGUCUGCGCGCGCCACAUGCACGACCCGGUCCUUAAACGGACGUCAGCAUUGCACACACAGAAGGAAUAGGUUGUUAAAAUCCCACAUACAACGGAGGAAUCACACUAAAAAGUAGCCGCAGAGCACACUUUCCAUUUUUAAAUAUACACAAAUAUUGAAGAGUCAGUUGGCGAACAUAUGUUUACGGUAACUAAUCAUCAGGCCCGUGCAUUUACAUGGGUAAUGAUUAUCCUAAUUGUAGACAGGGUAUAAAUACUUCUAGGGGCAGGGUGAAUCGGACUCCAUGUUCCCACGCCGGCUGCAUGACGGACUCAGCGUGGUGAGGACGGUGUAGUUGGGGUGGGAGGGGGGAAGGAGAGGGGUUCCGGUUAGAUUGUAAGCUCUGUAAGUGCGUGUGACUGUUCUCAGGGCGUCGGGAUGGCGUGGUAUAACCGCCUGGAGUCGGCCGGGACAGACACACUGCUUGUGUUAGCGUCUUCUGACAACAGAAUGCUGGGUUUGCUAGUCGAAUGGCCAUCGCCUCGGCUGUGGUUAGCGCCCGUUUGUGCAGGCCUUUAGAUGAUGACGAGUUACCGAAAACAUGUUCGCCAACUGACUCUUCAAUCGUAAUACGGGAAUUUUCGCAGAACACAUACAAAUAUAUUUAGAAAGGAGGAAUUCUUAGGGAAACAGCAAACUUUACUGAGUACAUUUUCGAGACUGGUUCCCUAGCUCGUCUUCAGACUAUGAGAGUGCAAAAACGAUAAACUUCGAAACUGAGUUUGCAAAAGGAUCCUAUGAUUGGCUAAAGUUUGAGCCAAUGCGCGUUAAAUGCAAUUUGUCAUAUCCUGAGGAUUGUUUAAGCUACUUUUAAUUUUUCUUUAACGAUUUUGUAUGUGACAUCUAGAUCGAUAUGCCGGUGUAUGCAUGCCUCAUCUGGAGUGCAUGGCCUCCCGGAAUUCGCGGCCCUUCCUUAUUGGGCAGGCACCAAUUAUGCAGACGCUUAAGUCCAACUCCUAGAUCUGAUAACAAAUUUUUCCUUCACCAAACCAUGCAAUCGACAAUUAAAAGGCGUUCUAUGGGUUCACCCAUAUCCGGUUUUCUGAUUGAGCCCUUAGAGCAGAAAUUAGAAACCACAGCUCUUCCCACAGUUAAACCAAAACUCUGGCAGCGAUAUGUAGAUGGCACAGUUGUCAUCGUCGAGAAAAAUCCGUUAAAUUUGCACCGUACCAAUGUCAACUCUAUAUUUCCUGGAAUCAAAUUUAGUUUCAAAACAGCGGUUGAUGGACAACUCACAUUCCUGGAUGUCCUUGUAAGUUGAAAAACCGAUGGAUCAGAUUAUACAUCAGUUUAUCCCACAGAGGCAUAUCCAGUGGCCAUCCUACAUUUCGAUGGUAACCACCCUGUCUCUUACAAACGGAGGACAGUCUACAGCAUUCCGAAUCGAGCUGAAACUCACUGCUCUGAUGAAACGCGUUAUCAAGCAGAAAAUAACUACCCCUACAUAUUAUUCUCCCAAAAUAGGUACCCGCAUAAUUUAAUACAUCAACGCACAAUGCACCAGAAAUUCUAGGGAAAAGGUGUUUUAAUGUUACGGCGGCUCAGGCACAAAAACCGACCACCUGGCGAACUCUUCCGUAGGUGAGAAAUGUACUUGAACUGGUCGAAGGACAACUCAAAAAACACCAGAUACACGUAGCGCACCAAUCGGCAACUAUCUUACGCACACAGCUUGUACACCCUAGGGACAGGGUUGGCUACCUCGAAAGAAAAUGUAUUGUCUACGAAAUCCCAUGUUUCACUUGUGAUGCCGUCAAUUGUGCCCGGAUUGAUAAAUCUGUCACAGCACGUAUUUAUGAACAUCAGUUAGAGGUAAAGAGACGCGACCAUCUAUCCCAGGUGGCCAUGCACACACUGGACACUCGACAGAAUUUGCAUGAGAGAAUACUCACAUUAUGGGCGCCUGCCCAAUAAGGAAGGGCCUCGAAUUCCGGAAGGCCAUGCACUCAGAUGAGGCAUGCAUAUACCAGCAUAUCGAUCAGACGUCACAUACAAAAUCGUUAAAGAAAAAUUCAAAGUAGCCUAACUAAUCCUCAGGAGAUGACAAACUCAGUUUAGAAGUUUAUUGUUUUUGCACUCCCAUAGACUGAGGACGUGCUGGGGCACCAGUCUCAAAAAUUACACAGUAAAGUUUACUGCUUCCCAAAGAAUUUUAUCCUACUAGUUAAAGUUCUUAGGCGGCCCAUUUUUCAGUACAUAUAUAUGCAUACGUACACAUGUAUUGGGAAACGGACAUCCCAAGAAGUUUACUUAGAAGUAGGUUGUCUUCUUUGGAGCCAAAAUAAUCCCUAUUGCCUAGAUUUUGCAAACUGAACCCUCAACUCAUCGUCAGAUUUUCGGGUUAUGUAAAAAAACUGUUCACUAUUUUACCGUGUCUACUAAGCGAUUCUGCGGUCGGCCAAAAUAUACGCUUAAUAAGUCUCCGUUGAGUACUUUGCGCUUUCCACUUUUCGGUCCGAUUCGCUCUGAAAUAUCUUUCCUCUGGACGAGACUAUUAUUGCUAAAGCUCUUUGGCAUUCACAUUGCAACUUUGCCUCCCUUUAUUGCGUUAACCAGCCUUAUUAGCGUCUACAGUUGUAGUUUCAAAAGGCUGCCAAUGGCGUUUUAGGGGUGGUCUAUACGAGGGACGGUGACCAGCUUGUUGCAAGCCUUCUGAGGCGAUUUCCUCUGAACCAACGCAAAUGCUGUACAUAGCAUGUUUUGUGUCAUUUGACCCCAUAGACCGAAGCAGAAGGUGAAGCUGACAUUGCCUAACUCAUUUUCCAUGCACAUCACUUAACACGAAGUUCUCAUCGGGCCCUUAUAGAGGAAAAUGGACGAGAUGUUACGUAAGCGGAGAGACGAUAUGUGCAUUUGUUUCAGAACACCUUUUUCAUCAAACAGGCAAAAACAAAAUGAAUACUCACGAAUUAAGGCGGAAUUUCGAGUUCCGAGUGUAUGCACAAGUGAAGAAAAAGAAGAGGAUUCGAGCACGGGAACACUUUGUUUACUGUCCUGAGCUUUGGGGCUCGUGCAGGAGUCCAUUGUCAGAGAGUAGCAGCAAGAGUGCAAGCAACAGUUAUGGAGUCAUGAAAAUUAAAGACCGGGUAAAACCUGAAGAGCAGUCUGGAGUGGUGCAUCGCAUUCCGUGUCAAAACUGUCCUUGUAACUACACAGGAGAGACUGGACACAUGCUGGGAUCGCGCAUACACGAGCAUAAGCUGGCUGUGCGACGAGGCAACGCAUCAUCGCAAGUGGCCGCCCACACCCACGAAAUGGGUCACGAGUUUAACUUCGCAGCCAUUAAAAUAGUCCUCCACGCCGGAAGCAAAACAGGCCGAGAAUUUACUGAAGCCUGGACCUCAGAUAGGAACUCAUUUAAUCGAUUUAUCGAUCUGGCGCCGGCUUAUAGAGCCCUGCGCAGUCACCUCUAGUCUUGCGUCGGCGUUUGAUGAUUGGCCUACAUGCCCUAUAACUGACGCUUGUUCUGUUGCUGUUACUAUCUCUGACAAUGGACUCCUGCUCGAGUCUGAAAGCUCAGGGCAAUAAACGAAGUGUUCCUGUGCUCGAAUCCUCUUCUUCCUCACUUAAAAAUAAAUACUGCGACUGUCCUGAUAAGAGGAUCGGAUACCACGUGAGCCCGUAAGCAAAACAAGCGGAUCCCGUAAUUCUAGAUGACGAUUCACAUGUUGUCGAGGCGUCGGCUGAUUGGUUCGCUUGUUUAAAAUUUGUCAGGUCUAAAACAAACAGUGCUCUAAACAACUAGACUUGAUCCAGACGUGCACUGUCUCAUAAUGCUACCAAGGAAAACGACUACGCAGACACAAAGAAGCAGUAGAUGUCGUUCGCGUGUAAGUGAGGUUUCAAUAACAUAUGAGUUUCGUAAUGCUUAUCAAUAACAUAUUUUUUGUCCAUAAUGCUAAUAGAUUUGUUCAUAUUAAACACAGGCUUUGCGCUUUUGCUUAGGCUUACAUCUGUUUAAAGUUUAAAUAGAAGAAACUUGUUUUCGUUGGCAAAAAGAUCGAAAAUAAAUUUCCCUUUCUAACUCGAACAAUGGCUCGAUAUUUCACGAAAACCAGAGAGAAUCCGCGUGCUUUCAUUUAAAAGUAUUUCUCUGUACUUGUUAGGAAUAAUCACCAACACUUCCUAAUUGUUUCUUAAAUGCCGUUUACGGGAGACGCCGAGCCCCCUGUAGUACUUAUUAAAAUUCUCAAAUUUAUUUUCAUUUAGCGCAUUAGUUAUCAGGCGAGACUAAAAGACCGGCACAUCAGCAAAAUAAUAUCGCCUGUUUCUGUUAAAUUUCUACUAAGCAUCCUUCCACUUAACUGUGGCGAUGUUUGUAGAGGAAAUAAGAUUUUGUGUUUCGUUCUUGGAUAGAUAAAUUACAUCUAAAUAUAAUAAUUUUGUCGAACAUAUUGGCUAAAUGCUCCGAUUUCGGUUUUUCUUAUGUUGGGCUUGUGUCGUCAUCAGGUUUGGCAUCUGAAUACGUGAACUAUUCCGCUUUUCGUGUGGGCACUCAUGCUCUAUAUUUUUCAAACGAACCUUUUGUCUUUGCACGCCUAGUUUUUGCCAAAGUUUUACAGUGCACUUUGUCAGAAACGGAUUUCUUAGCUCCUACCAUGCAGUAGCAAUUGCGUUAUCUUGCAUUGUUUAAAUCAGUAUAAUUUACUUUGGGCGCGCCUUCUGCUUUAUAAGCAAUUCAAAAACGUUUGCAUAUCAAAAUAUAUGUGCAUUCAAGCACAUAUAUCACAGAAACUGGAUUUAAUGCUUUUGCAACUGGAAUAAACCAUUUUGAAAUUUAGGUAGAAUGACGUUACUGAAAAAGACAAUGGGUACUGAGACGACCACUUCUGGCUUAUUAGCCGUCGUCAGCCAGAGAUACCGAACCCCGAGGUGGGUAACACUUGGGGCUCGACCCUGCGACCUAUUAGUUAGAAACCGAACGCCCCUAAUCACCUAGCUACGGGCUCGUUAUGCUGUCAGUUUCGAUAUUCAAAACCCGAUAUUUAUAUGUUCAAUUAUUUACUAUAAAAACACAAAAAUUACAGGCUUCUAAAUGUUUUUUAAGGAGGCUACUCAGUGUUUUAUAAAUAUUCGAAGUCGGUCGAAAUUACAGUACUGUAGUGGCGAUUUGGCCGGUGGAAUCAUCGUAAAGGGCUGCGGAAUCUUCCAAAAAAACGAACUCGUGGCAGAUUACUCAUUAAUCUCACCCGAAAGUUCAAGUUUGUCAGUAUGUCAACCUUAGGUGACGUCUUGAAGGACUUCAAAUAACACUCCAUAACUUAUGCACCUUCGCAUAUAGAAGUUCUUUUGCGCACUGUGGUAAAAUGCUUCAGGGGUUUCUACCUCCCCGACAUUAGGUGAAAGUCGUUCGAAGAACUUAAUUAACGAGUUAAUUUAAAAUUUCCUACGAAAAGACCGCUCUGGAGUCCUUGCCACGUGCACUUGUCAUUCUUUGUAUUGAUCAACUUGAGAAUAAUCAUAAUAAAAACACGUCUUGCAUAAAGCAUAAUUUUUGUUAAAUAUUAUUUUGUACUGCCUCUCAUACCUGCUGUCAUAGACCAUUAAAACGCCAUUAGAUGAAAAGUACAACAUCCAAUGUUAGCGAAAUUCGACACAACAAGAUGCUAUGCCUGACCUUGCGUUCCACUAAUGUUUUAAAAAACUGAGCUCAAUGUAGACUUCAGUAAAUACUAAAUAUAACAUUGUUCUUCCGCAAAUCAAUUUGGGCGGUAAAUCGUCCAUCCCCUGCUUCCACCGUGAAAAGCUUACGUCCCCGAUUGCCUUGUUGAGAGAAAGAAUAUACUCAACUGCAUAACACUACAUAUGUUAAUGGAACAAUAAGACCAUUCAGUCAAAGAAGACAAUUUAUCAAUGCAAAAUGUGUCAAUAACUAUUAUAUGGUCAAGGAAACUGUUUCUUGGUCCAUAUAUUAUUUCAUGUUUGCACAUGGAGGUCUCCAUAUAAAACCUUGCCUUCUCGAACGCUUUUGCACCUGUUAGCUGUGAUCAAAGAUGCCUAAUAAGUGUUCUUUCUUCAACAAAAUCAGCCUCUGGACGACUUUGACCUGGACAACUGGGACAACUUUGGUGGCCUGACUGGCUUUGGAAACGACGCUGGCGGAUCCAUGAUCGACCAAAUGGAACGCAGAAUGCAGGCCAUGCGUCAGAAGAUGGACAGUUCUAUGCGCAUGAUGGGCGCGCCCCCCGGUCAGUUUCCAGCCGGCUCGCACAGUGUGUCCUCACAUUUCUCCAGUUCAUCUACCAGAACAAUUAACGACGGCGGUGUGGUGACGCAGUCCAAAUCCACUAGCCAAGAAUCCCGUCAGACUGUUGACGGGGUCUCCACGGGGUCCAAGAGCCACUCCUCGAGCACCACCACCAAUGUGGCGGGUGCUGGUGCCCCAGAGUUGCUAACGGACAGACCGUUGGGCUCAGGAGCUAUUGUGCCGUCCCAAUCGGGUACAAUGGGUGGCGUGAUGGACUUCCUGACAGACGCUUUUGAGGUUGGAGAUGACGGACUUGUAAGUUGUCUUUACCUCUUCACAUUUCUUAACAGCGAUUUGAAGCGCGAUUUGCAAAUGCAAUCAGUUUGCACAACUGGUAGGUCUGACUGCAGUAUGUCAGAAGUAGGGAACCGAGUGACAUUUCGGGUCGGGCUCAUGAUGCUGCAGAUGUUGUUAGAUCGGGAGUUCCCUGUCCGCUAUAGUACCAAGUUUUCCUUUGUUGAGUACUAUGCAACUAGUGGUUUCACUUUUGUGGGCCCCAGAAACCUGUAAGUUAUCAUACCUUGCAAUCCAAUUGGGGGCAAAAUAGGUUUCAUACGUUUAUUUCUUGGCCAAACCGGCCUCUAAGUGCGAAAUUAGUUUAAAUUCAGAAUUAUGACAUUUAAUUUUCGUGGUUUGUAAAGUUCUUGUCGCUUUUUAAUGUCCUCAGAGAUUAUCUACGAAGUUGGAGUAGAUCAAUUCAUUCAAGGUCUAUAGGCUCAGACCGGGAAUUUGAUAUAUUAAUAUUUGUGCCAAAUCCCAUCAACCACAGCGGGUAACCACGUAAUAUUUAUUAACUGUCGACAGACAGUUAGCAGUAUACUUUAGGGUAAGAGGAUACCAUACGGACAGCACAGGUACUAGUCAAAAGCCCAUACACGCGUGUUUCGCCGAUAUUCUGCCGCUGCAUGGCGCAGCCGCGAGGGGUUCGGCUCGUCAGUGGGUCUCCCAGCAUACCCCAUGUGUUUUCUGGUAGAUAUUCCAAUUUAGAAAUUGAAGUUCUUUUACUUAAUGUCGUAAAUUACUUGCGUCAUUAUAGCUAAUCGAAUAGUUGUGCCCGAUAUAGAAAAGGCAGUUUAUACAAGAAUGAGCCUUCAAAUGGUUGUCCUAUUACAGCGUAUGCUCAUAGCAGCUAAUUGGGAGAGCACGUUUGUCUACGCUAAAUUAGAAAUUUAGUGGCUUCCUCAAAGUUUUCUAGAACACGUGUAAACCAAAUUUAUUCCUCCUUCUGAAAGUUUUCUUAAGUGAGAUCAAAGUUGCAAAAAUCGUUUUUCGAUAAUUAAGCAGCUGUGAAAGGCUCUAUUAAACGGCCGAAGGUAUCCUCACGGUAGUACCCUCGUACGGUUUCAAUCUGUAACUUCAGUUUCAAUGACACAGUUUGCAAGAAAUCCGAUUUAUCCGAUUCCAUAAGAAUAUACUGCUCCUGCCUAUGGUUUCGAAGAGCAGUUGCAUUUACCUCGCUGAAUUUAGCAUAGCUAAGAUUGUGUAAAUAGUUAAGAUCAAGGCAGUAUGACCAACGAUUUGUCAUACGUUUUUCGACACAAAAAAUGACUCACAGUUCGUUUCUAGGAGGCAUGCAUUCUCCUUCAAAGAACAAGAAAGAUGAGAAGCCUUUUUCGCUUCAAACUCAGUGAUGGAUUUGGAAUAGAGAAAAACGAGGCUGUUUUUGAUGUGCUGCAUAUGUGACAGUUGGUUUAUGUAGUAAAUUUGAAGGAGGUUAAAUUCGUAACAAGAUACGAAUGCUUUCUGCUGAAGUGAGAAAUCCUCUCGAGGGCUUCACCUUCCUCAAAUACGUCGAGGAGUACUUAGAAAAUGGCGGCAUUCAUUAAAGCUACGAAAUAAAGUGAAAAACACAUACCCACCUGGCAAACUACGAAGACCACUACUUAGGAAUGAAUAGUGAAUAAAAAAUAAAAGCCUUAUUUCAAUAGCUGCCCUAAUAACAGUGGAAAGCCCUUUCGCCACCUUUAAAACAUCGGUGACACUUCACCGGAGAAGUACGCAACGGUUCCUAGACAGUAUUCCGCGGUCACCUAUUCUUUUUUUGUCCCGAAGAAAAUCCAGCGAAUGGGCUUCGACACGAAGGUUUGGAGAGAGAAAACGGACAUCCCAAAAGGUAAUGGAAGUGGCAAACCCAAACUGCCCGGCUUGGAAAAUUUUAGGGUGGAUAAGGGACAUUCGAAAAGGUUACAAUGUAAUGGGAACGAUUGGGAAACCGUACAUGCAACUGAGAACCGUGUCUCGUCACGAUGACUGCCUGAGAAAAUUUCUGCAAAAAGCGUGAAAUAAUGUGUGUAUAGCACGUAAAAUUUAUGUCACUUCAAGUCUGCUUUCAUAAAUGAUAUGCAGCCGCUAUAUCUCAGCUCGCCUCCUUCGGUGGGGUUUACUUGCGGAAACGUUUGAGGAUCGCGCUAUAUGGUGAUGAUUAACCCCACAGAUUUGAGUAAGGAGCCAAAAAACUUGAGCAUCAGAAAGACGCUAUUUUUUCUAAACUGUCUCUUUUAUUCAUAUCUCGCUCAAUCCUAAAAGGCCUUCCUGAUAGAAUAGGGAAAAUGCGUAACAUAACGGUCGGCUUAAAAGUGCAAUUGGGGGCAAUAAUGAUUGAGAUUUCUGUAGAAAAACGCUGUGAUCGGUGGCCCCGGCAGUGGGACCCCUUGCGCGUUGUUUAUGAAUGCCCGUUGAUUAUAAGGCUGAACAAAGUGGCUGACUAAGGAAAGGACUUUACUAUGCAGAUAUUUUUACACAGAGUGUGCGCGCGCAAUCACCCAGUAAAAAUAAUCUGCGUGCAGAUUUUAGCACAACCCAGGGGGCGAGUGAGGGAAACCGAGUGCAGGUUGUUAUAUUUGCACGCUCUGCCACUUUGUGAAGACGGAAUUCACUCGUCCCGUUGUGUCUUACGGGCUCUCUAUCUCCAGCCCAACCAACACCCGCACAGGGGCGCAUGUUAUAGACAGAAUGUUAUUACCGACACAGACAAGGGAGACUGGACUGGGUCGCAGGAUCGAGCCCCAGGUGUUUCACACUUCGGGAUUGGUUAUGACUGGCUGACGACGGCUUAUAAGCCAGAAAUGACCUUUCCUGUCUCCCUUGUCUUUGUCGGUAAUAACAUACAGCCUAUGUAUCAUGCGCCGCUGUGCGGCUGCUGGUUGGGCUCGAGAGAGAGAGAGAUCCCGUAAGGCACGGCGGAACGAGUAAGUUCCGUAAGAACGAUCGGUGAGCGUCCUCUACCUUACAAAACCUUUCCCUAUAAUUGGAAAAUUUCCCGCACAGUAUCCUACAGUGUUCCACACUUCGGACUUAGUUAUGACUGGCUGGUGACGGCUAAUAAGUCAGAAAUGGCCAUUCCAGUCUGCGUUGUCUUUUUCAGUAAUACCAUUCUGCUGAGACUUCCUCGUUAGAAUAGCGUGACCCAGGGUACGCAGGCCCAGCAUUCGUGAAGGCGCAUUUCCACUAGGCAACGGUUCACCGUAGUCUUCAUGGGUCUGAAAGACAUCGUACAAGGAGGAAAACCGCAUACUGCUCAUGUGAGCAAUUUCGAUCCGAAGCAUUAGCUAAGCAGUCUUGCUUGACGAGUUACGAAUGUAACUCACGGUGCAUAAGAAAGUCAAGCACUCUGAGCGCAGCAGUCGUGGUAAGGAGAAUAGAUGGCCUAAUUUGCGCAGGCGUCGGAGGACUGUUUCUUUACCGCCAGUCAAACGAUGACUAAUAGGUUGACUCACCAGUAAUAAUCAUGGGAAUUCAUUAAAAUGUUCGUGCACACCACUUUGGCGUGACUGUGCACCAUCAGCACUACGGCUGCCCUCGUUUCUCUACGUGGGAAACAAGGCCUCCACACCAGCGUCCGGGAGAUCAGUUUUACAAGAUGCCAAGUCAUGGUAGCAACUGCAAAGAGCACGUCGCAACACCCAGUUACCUUGCCUGAAGAAGAGUCUAGCGCCGUCUGUGUGUACUUGAGGGCAACCUCGCAUAAUGCCCCUCCUUGACUGAUGUCAAAAUGUACUAAUGAAAGAGUCAACUCGGUGUGUACCCCAGUCACGCUGAUGCGGCUUUGUCAUUUCGUCUUUAACAGUUUAUUUUUGGGCCAAAUAACUAUUCGUCCGUAGGCGUUCAAAGAAAAUUACAAUGCAGACGGAUUCGUCAGUCGAUGCUUUUAAAGGGACGAGAGUUUUGGUGCAAAAAUCAGCAGGUCCUGACAAACCACUUCACACGUUACGAGCCUUGUUUCAACCGUCACUCAUCUUCCAAUUUGAUUGGAUAGCUUCCCGGUCAACAGCAUGACGCACCGAGACUCGUUUAUUGUACUUUUCGUGCCUAAGCGUAAUGCUAGUAUGACGAAGGAACGUGGUGAUGAUUCAGCCUGCAGAAUGUCGGACGCGAUGACGCGAAGUCCCAACACGCAACUUACUUCGGACGACCGGACCAUGACUGCAGGUUGGGUUUUUCUGAUAUUCUCAUGGAGAACAAAAAUCAAGCAAUCCAAGACCUGCUUGAACAGAGGUUCCCCAGCUCGGGUUCAGUCAAAUGACUCAAUGAUUUCCUGGCCUUGCGUCUCUAGCAGGCAGAGGUAGUGUAUUAAGUGAGGGAACAGUAGGGCACAUAUGAGAGCCGCUCUCCUUCUCCUCCCCACCUGGGCCCGGUGUCAUGACAGAACCAAGAAAACCGGAGGCGAGAGAGGAUGCAGGUGGCUGGCACAGCAAAAAACCCGCAACUAAGCGCGUGCCAUCCCAUCCCUGAUCCAGAACGAACAUUGACCAGAAUUUUACACAACAGGAAAAAAAGAGCCGGCUCGGAUCUCGAUUGACGCGUCGUGAGCCUGCCUCUGGGAGUGCCGACAAGCCCCUAAUUUUUAUAUAUGUCAUGGGUGCUCAUUCACAAUAACGCCUAACGGAAACCUAUCUAACCCCCCUGUCGGUCCAACGCAUCUACCAUGCGGCUAAUUCUAAAGGCAAACAAUCGACCCAACAAUGCAGGAAACGCAGAAUUAUUGGUUCCCCAAGGUGGCACAACUGCUAUGGCCAAAUGGCCCUAUAUACCCACAAACGCUAGACAAUUGCUGAGGCGUUUCCACGCGAUUUACCGCACACGCCUAUUGCAUGACUGAUCCACUAGGUCAGACCGGGCUCAGUCCAAGCAACGUGAUAAAGUUAACGCUUACCGUCGACAGUUUCUUAUGAAAAGCAUGUGUGAAUACACACCGACAUGACUCCCAAAAUAACUACCACGUUGACCCAAGCUGUCUAGUCUUUAUGAGACAUUUGGUUGUUGCGGUCACUCGGCUUCAUUUACAAAGACGGUAAGUCUGCUAAUCGAUCGCCCCAGAGAUUAUGUCUACUUGCAGCUGGGGACCAGAUACUGCCACCUAAGCCCGCGCUCUAUCAAAACUGCUGCCACACUCUAGCUUGCUACAAGACCAGAGGGUUCAUGUGAGCUUGUACAAAAACAAACUUGUCUGACCCAACGAAAAGGGGUCUCUUACCUCAUCCGAACGCCCCCGCAUGACGCGCCACCGCAGUUACUCGUCUGGAACGGAAGCCAAAGGGGCAGUUUUAGAGUCUUAUAAUGCGCUAAAACUGAGGAAUCAUGAGUUAAAUUCUUCAAUACGCUUUCAGCUGGAAAUAUUUACAUUAAGCCGACUAACAGGUAAUACAGCGUCUAAUAAUUCCUUCCUGGCAGCAUGCAGUCUUUUCAAUGAGUAAUAUGUGCAACUUACAUUUGAGGACAAAAUCACUCCUCGGGUAAUGUACUUUUUUGAAAAGUUUCAUGUGUUUAUAAAUAUGAUCGUUUUUUUUCUAAAAAAAGUGCACGAAUACUAAAAGUAUUGUGGAAGUUUUAUGGAAAAUGACAUCUUCCUCAACUUUCUUACUCGAAUGACGGGAGCAUUUCAGGUUUAAAAAUUUUCAAGACCGCCUUUAUAAUUUGGAUCACAUGCUGACUUUCAUUUUCUCCUUGAGAUUUCCAAACUAAACGACAUGGACCCUCUGAAGUAUGUCUGUAUACUUCACUGUACAUCAAUUGCUGCUUAUGUUAACAAACCUGCGAAAUUAGGCAACAUGGAGACGCCCUCUGCGUCUUUAGAAUCCCCAUACUUAAAAAUUAGCUUAAAGAAUGAAAUAGUCCCUUGUUUCAAACACGCGACUUGGAAAGGACGGGAUUUCCUACAAAAAGGGUAUACUUUUGAAGACAUCUUGCAUCGUAUCUAUAUCAACGUGGUGGGAUCAAUGUAAGCAUAACAAGUCCAUGAAGAGCACUCCAAAGAGGGGCAAGUGGCGAUCCUCGGUAUUUUUCUCUUGUGUCUGAGUCCUCGAACGACGUCUGCGGCCUGCUUUACACCCUCAGCAGAGAUUGGCGGGUUCAGGACGGGGACGAUUGAUCCACCCGUCUCCUCCUUUCCCUCCCCUCGGUCGCGAAAAGGCAGCGAACCGUACAGAGGUGGAAGCGCGUUGACGGAAACCGACACACAACACCGAUGCGCCCGAUUCGUCUAUCUCGGUAGCGUACGUCGUUCGAAAAUGCAGUCAGAAAAUAAAAGCAUCCUGGUUGACCGCCCCCCCCCAUUCCUUUUCAACCAUGCCGCCCGAGCCUCGGGUGUUUACCAUCACCAGCGAAAACGUCCCCCACUUAGGUUGUUUUUCUGUUCCGAGGGUGAUAUACAGGGGAAUGUGAAGUUGUGUUCAUGAAAAAUCCUACGGUUAUGUUCCCAGUUAAUCCAUUUCUCAACAUCGCAUAAGGGCUUUUACACGCCUAUUUAUAAGAAGUUUGCGGUUCGUGAGUUUUAGCACUUCCCGUCAAAUUCUCCUCUUUGCUGGCUGGUAGAAACUGUGACGUAAUCUUAGUUUGCAAUUUCUGGGAUGUUAUUACAAGGAGACGAGUUAGAUUUGCUGAUGUUUUUCGGAACCCGUUCUGAGAGAUGCUUGCACAUGAACUCACCCUGGCGCAGCCUCUAGAGAAAAGAGGUCUUAUAUCCCACACUGCCCAUACCGGACCAAACGUUUGCCGACGUUUGUGGGCGCGUUCUGGAUACUGAAUUAGCCUUCUACAGUACCAACAAGACAGAUACCUUAGAAAGAGAACUUUUUUGGGCUUGGGUUGGGACAUAAGCAAUGGUAGGGAGAUUUUCAUUGCCUCCCACGCGCUAUUACACUUCUUGAAAAGUCAAGUUGACAAACAUGUGUUUUCGGUAACUCUUCGUCAGGCCAAUACAGUUACAUGAAGGAAUGAAAAUGCACAAAAUCGACAGUGUUUAUAGGUGUCUCAAGGGCUAUUAAGUCAUUAAUACCCAUCUUUCCCACGCCGCCCCCAUGACAAGGUCGACGGGUUUUGGUCCUCAAAGCUAGGGAAGGGGGUAAAAGAGUCUUUGAGUGAUGUUCUUGGAUUGAGUACACGGAGAACCCAUCACUGUGAUUAGAGAUUUGGGGCGGAAUGUCAUCAUCACUUGCGGUUGGCGUUGGCCAUGGCAGAGAGAGCGCUUGCGUCAGGGUUUUCUGACAGCAUAGCACCGGAUUUGCUAGUCGUAUGACCACUGCCUCGGCUGUUGCUAGUAUCCGUUGGCGUAGGCCUUUAGGCAAGCAUGUUGGUGUUCGAUAGACAACCUGAAAUGUUUCUCUUUAAAUUGCUACAUAUGAUCGAGGAUUUGCACAGACGCAGUGCGACUGUCAGUCUGCCACUUCACGCUUUAUUGUUCAUUGUCCCUAGGUUCAUUUCAAAGUGCGCUUCGAUGCCAAGGACUUUGCCCCCGAAGAUAUUGACGUGACCACCGUGGGCAAUCGACUGACCGUUCAUGCCAAGAAGACCAUCACCACUGCAGGCUCCAGCACCAGUCGUGAAUUCAGCCGCACUGUUGAUCUGCCACGCUCCAUUGACCACGAGAAGUUCCAAUGCAAUCUCACACAGGUCAGUGCGAGGAUUCAGCCUCCAUAUUUCGGGCCCUCACGCUUUGUAAGAAAGCUUUAAGUGCGCCGAGGGCUGAUGGUUUUCUGCAAGUUGGCCGGGAAUUCCAGGUUUGUGUUCUCUGGAUGGAUCGUUUAUAAGUAAAAAAAUACUAAGGAUUACCCCAAGCAAGCAGUUAGAAGUUGGCCCGAGUUUUCGAAAGAAACCACCUCUGUCAGAGAGACUACUCAGAGAGACUACUCACACGCACAACUUUUCACUGCUGCCUUUCUAGGCCCGCUCGGCAAGACCAAACCGCGGAGGAGUUCGGCUGGUUUGCCUUGGGUCUGGAUGGUAAAAUUAGCCCAGUCCCUCCUGAGGUGGCUUUACCUUACCAAAGGAACGCGUAGAUGCAAACAAUGUCUUUCUGUUUCCACUGCAAUGAGAAUAACGUUUCAAAUUCUAAAAAAUCAUGUUUGAAUGAUGGAGUCUGAUGAAGGCCUUGGAGAUAGCAGCCCUCAGCUGCGAGCCUGUUUUAUUUACUUUGAGGAAUCUUUUUUUAGAAUUUUUCAUUCCUCUUCUGAUAAGAUUUGAGAACUUCUUCCAGAGGUUUACAUUUUGCUCCUAGUUACUGUGGGAUUGUCAUGUCAGAAAGUCCGUAGCUCAUGUAGAUUUAAGUGGUAUGCACCCAUAUGCGUGCUCAGCAAUUCAGUCCGCUUCUACGUGGGAGUUUUUCUCCAUUCUCACUAAUUUUCUCAAAAAUUUGCGAGAAGUGGGGAGAUUUAGGUGUAUUUUUAGAAGCGCGUAGCCAGCCAGACGUGGUCGUGAAGUUUGGUGUUCUGAACAAUUGACUUCUCCCUGUUAUUCCAAUCGAGUGGCUGACUAGACGACUAAAAUAACUGUGUAUCACAUACCGAUAUCACAUUAGUUAAGAGUCUCUAUUAUGCUUUGGUGCGUACAAGAGGCACACACUGUUGUGGCUGACGGUGAUAUUCAUCCAAGCGAUCAAUAUAGGACUGAAAAAACCACUGUGUCAAUUUUCUGAAUUUCCGUAUCUUACUUAACAGGAUGGAGUUCUUAUCCUUGACGCUCCGGUCAAAGCACCCGACUACUCUUCUAUCACGUUCGAUUCCGGACACAACCUGAGUAUACGACCCAAAGACUCCAGUGUUCUCAAAAGCACGGAUGCGAGCCUUUCCAUCCGAGGUAGCUAUGUUUUUUGCUUCUGAUGCAAGACUUUGUUGGGUUUUCCACACCAAAUGCACCUUUUUGCUGACGUUGGAUGUGCUUUCGUUUUCAAGGUCAAUCGGGACCGCUCGUGCUAAACGACGGUGCUGGAGGACGCAAGCUUCAUCUCGAGGUGCCAAUCGAUGAAGGCUACGCCGCUGAAGACCUCAGCGUGCGGAUGGAGGCCAACAAGAUCAUAGUUUCUGGCAAGCGUGAGUCGAACGCCGACAAGAGUGUAGACUCCAGCACCUCCAAGUCUGCUUAUAAGAGCUCGCAAUUCCAGGAAUUUACACGCACCUUCGAGGUGCCUGAGACUAUCGACCCGUUCACGGUGUCUGCGGUUCUCAAUGGCAAAACUCUUGUCGUAGAGGCCCCUCUUCACUGCACUGUUUGA